AUGAGAUUCGAAGACGGAGACAUAACUGGAUUAUUAAUUGGUGAUAGUGGCUAUGGGCAGUCGUCUUAUAUGUAUACACCUGUGUACAAUCCACAAACUCAACCGGAAAUACGAUACAAUAGGGCUCAUAUUACCACAAGAAAUGUAAUAGAGAGAUUGAAUGGUGUAUGGAAGAGAAGAUUUGCGUGCCUGAAUAGGAAGCUACAAAAUAAUUUAGAAAACACAUGCAAUAUUGUUGUGGCAUGUGCAGUUCUACACAACAUUAGUAUAACUACUAAUCAAGAGAUGCCUGAACCCAUCACACAUGAUGAUGUUCCAGUCUCAAAUAGUAGUGACACUGAAAGGGGUAGUUUAAUUCGAGGAACAUUUAUUGCCAGGCAUUUUAAU